CGUCGCCUCUCCCCGCAAUUCCUGGCUCCGGCUCUGCUUCCCAAAGCUGGCUCCUAAGUGAAACCCGGAAGGUGGAAAUUCGUGAACUGGAUUUCCCAGGCGCUUUCCCAAACGGACGGUUUUUACUUAGCACUGUAGCUCUCCGAUCCUUCUCCAGGUUUUGUCGUAAUCCCGAGGGCGGUUAAAAAAAAAGUACAAACUGAAAGUAAAAAACAAAAAACCAAACCACAAAAAAACAGCCUAGCAGCAACAAGACGGAAGAGCUGUUAUCCGGGCAGAUGCAUUCGCUUCCAAGAAACCAUUGGUUCAAGAAGCUGCAUGGUAGAAGAUCAGAAAUGCGGCCAAUUUUUAAUCACUGCCCUUGAUGGCAUCGGUUCCUGCAUCAUCGGUGGCAAUGGAGAAGGACCAGGAGGUGAAGGGAAACAGCAGUUAAGACCAUCUGUGGAGUAUGUUGCAGCAAUUCUGAAGAGGCAACACCUGCUUCCUAUGCCCAAACGUAAGGCAUGAAUGCAAUGAGGAAGAAGAGAUUUUGGGCAUCCUGCUUCUGCUUGAUGGCCAUCUUUUUUCUGCUUGUCACCCUACAGGUGGUUGUAGAGCUUGGAAAGUCUGAAAGGAAGAUGACGAAAACCUCCAUUUCACAAAACAGCGCAUUGAAAGAUGGAGAAUGGCAGAAAUACACCUAUCUGUUUGUAAAGAAACCGCAACUCCCCAGCGAUACAAAGACCAUUUUGAGCAAUGAGCGAUACCCUAUCUUGCUGUGGUGGUCUCCGCUGACAGGAGAGACAGGGCGGCUUGGUCGGUGCGGACAAGACGCUUGCUUCUUUACUAUCAACAGGACCUAUCAGCACAACUCUAUGACUAAAGCAUUUCUGUUUUAUGGUACCGACUUCAGCAUAGAUAGCUUACCUCUCCCCCGAAAAGACCACCAUGACUGGGCCCUUUUCCAUGAGGAGUCACCCAAAAACAAUUACAAACUCUUCCAGAGACCCGCCAUCACCCUGUUCAACCACACGGCAACGUUCAGCCGCCACUCACAUCUGCCACUCACCACACAGUACCUUGAAAGCAUUGAGGCCUUAAAGUCCCUGAGGUACAUGAUUUCUUUGCAAAACAAGAACAGCUUGAGGAAAAGGCUCGCGCCCCUCGUAUAUGUACAGUCUGACUGCGAUCCUCCCUCUGACCGGGACAGCUAUGUACAGGAGCUUAUGGCUCACAUUGAGGUAGACUCCUAUGGUGCCUGCUUGCAUAACAGAGAUCUGCCGGAGCAGCUUGAAAACCCUGCCUCCAUGGAUAACGAUAACUUCUACAAGAUACUUGCUCAGUACAAAUUUGUCCUUGCCUUUGAGAAUGCUGUCUGUGAAGAUUAUAUCACUGAAAAGCUCUGGAGGCCACUGAAGCUGGGCGUGGUACCGGUUUAUUACGGCUCUCCUAGCGUCAAAGACUGGCUUCCCAGCAAUAAGAGUGCAAUCCUGGUCACAGGAUUCUCACACCCCAAGGACCUGGCACAGUACAUCAAAGCUUUGGAUGCAGAUGAUGAGAAAUAUGAGGCCUACCUUGAAUGGAAGCUGAAAGGGGACAUCUCCAACAAACACCUGCUUGCUGCUAUAAAGGAACGCACAUGGGGAGUGCAAGAUAUCAUGAAGGACAAUUACAUAGAUGCCUUUGAAUGCCUGGUGUGCACUAGAAUAUGGGGGAAUAUGAGGAGACAAGCAAAGGGAAUGUUACCAAAAAAGUGGAAUGCAGAAGCAAGCCACCUGAGCUGCCCCAAACCUCAAGCAUUUGUUUUUCCGUCGCGUAAUAUGCACAGAACGGCUCUGCGAGAGAUGUGGAUACCGAGUUUUGAGCAGUCCAAGAGAGAAGCUCACGCGCUGAGGCAGCUGGUCGAAAGGAACAGAAAUUUCACAGCUCAGGAGUUUUGGACUAUGGUGUUUAGAGAAUGAGCCUAGAGGGAGACAAUAGGCCCUUGACUCAAGCUAGAGGGGGAAACAAACUAACACAGAGGAGCCUCUAUGAGGAACGGUUGUUUGUAGGUUGCCUUAAUAAGAUAGGAAGCAAUUUUAACCAUGGAGAUGAUGAGAAAUCAUCGUAUUCAGCGAAUACUAAUCCAGAAGACGAAGGACCCAAUUGGGUCAUCUUAUAUUUUUUAUACUAACGUUCAGGAUAAACUAUUAAUAUAAAUUAUUAGUGUAAUUAACAUUGGAGCAUUCACAGCAAAAUGCAGCCAUCUGCAUUUUACUUUCCCAGUGUGUGUGUGGUUUAUUUUGCCUCUGCAGUUGCUCCCACCCUUGAGUUGGAUACGAGUCAAGUCUUCCAUCCAGAUGCUUUGGCUUCCUGGCAUCUCUCAAGCAAAGGGCCUUGUCUAAAGGGUUUGCCUUGCUGCUUAUGUCAUUUCUGCACCUGACAGGAAGCCAAGCCACGCAGGAGAAAGGAAGACCAUUGUAGAUAAAUUGCAGAGCAGCGUAGGAGGAGCAACCUCAGGGGCAGUGUGCCUAUUGUGCUGGGGGGCGGGGGGCGGGGGAUGGUUUACAGCAGGGGUCCCCAAACUAAGGCCCGGGGGCCUGAUGUGGCCCAAUUGCCUUCUAAAUCUGGCCCGUGGACAGUCCGGGAAUCAGCAUGAAUAGAAUGUGUCCUUUUAUUUAAAAUGCAUCUCUGGGUUAUUUGUGGGGCGUAGGAAUUCGUUCAUAUUUUUUUUUCAAAAUAUAGUCCGGCCCCCCCACAAGGUCUGAGGGACAUUGGACCGGCCCCCUGCUGAAAAAGUUUGCUGACCCCUGGUUUACAGAAAGCAGGCCUCAGAAAUAAAGUCUCACCUAAGUAUGGUCCGUGUUAUUGGAGACUGGAUUCUGUGCCACUCUGGUAAAUUCUGUAAAGAGCCACUUUGUGGUUUGAAUGAAGGACCUUGUUUCUUUUCAUUUCUGGCUGGGCCAGGGUGAUGGAGAUGAUGGCGGGAGAAGAAGAGGUAGUGAAGGGUGGGAAAUGACACCACUGUUCUCCCAAUCCAAAUGUCAUCUAUUGAACAGCAUUAUAAACAGCAAUGGCACAGCGCUAUGUCCAUGCUCUGAUAAUGUCUGAAGUGUUUCCCUUAGGAGCUGACUGUGCAGAGGCUCAUGGAGGCAGGGAUUUUGUUUUAUUAAGACCUGCACAAUAUCAGAUGAUUGGGGGUUUAAUUUGAAUAUAUCUUUAUGGUUUUCACUACUUCGGACUGGAAGUACGGGGCCGAAAGUAUUCUUCACGCACAGUAAGUGUAGCUCUUCCCAACAUGCUGAUUCCAGGGGGAAAUAAAAGAGGGGGAAAUCCUUUUAUCAGCCAGAAUUGGUUUUCUUUACCCAGCUGUGAAAAAAGUACAACAUCCCCACCAGGGAAAAAAAAAGGCAACUGUAUAUAUGCAGGUACCUACAGGUGUUGCCACCAUUUUUUCCUGCUAGGACUCUUGGUUGUUUUGUUUAUUAACAGCUGUGGUAAACAAGUGCAAAUUGGGCUGAUAGAGGUAUCCCCUCUGCUCCUCUCGCUGUGGGUGUGGCGCCAACAUGUUCCCACCACUGCAUGUGCUUACCUUCCAAGUCCCGGACUGCAGAAUCCGGGACCGGCAGCUGUGUGACACCGGAAGUUGCGUCGACGUAACUUCCGGUGUCGAUUUGCCCUUCUAUGGUCACCAAAAAUUGCCGCCGCCGGCUUCGAAAGUCGCUUGUACACAUGUCCGGAAGUGCAUCGACGCAACUUCUGGUGUCGCUCUGCCCAUCUAUGGGCACCAAAAAUGGCCGCCGGCGGCACCGAAAGUCGCGUCUAUGCACUUCCGGACAUGCGUAGAUGCGAAUUUUGAAGCCGGCGGCGGCCAUUUUUGGUGCCCAUAGAAGGGCAAAUCGGAAAGAAAAAAAUGGCCGCCGGCAGGAGAAAAUAACGGAGAAAAACGGGAGACGAAGUGAUACGGGGGACCACCGGGAAAAGGUAAGUAAAAACGGGGGUUUCCCAGGGAAAACGUGGUACUUGGCAGCUAUGCAUGUGGAACUGGGGGCAAUUUAGAACUACAUCAUUAUUUGCAGCAUCAAGACCUGACAAGGCAUAAUCAAGGCUCACAAACACACAGCUUGUCGCUCUCGAUCGCGCAUUUUGUUUGUGGUGAGCGAUGGAGGCCAUGCUGGGCGGCAAGAACAUCGAUUGCACUGCAGGCAUGACCUCUCUGACCAAACACCACCUCAUAGCAGGUGGGUGGAUCUACCAGAGUGCUCCUUUGCUCAGCAUGUUUAUGCAUCACCCGUUCCCACCCCGACCCCCAGCAUCAGCAGUUUUUGUUGUUACUUGGCAGGCUGAAAUUUCCUGAUAUGGAGGAAGAAUAUAAAAUGCAUUAGCACUUGGCACCCAAAUGCUGACAUCCAGAGACAGAUUUACCCACCAUCUAGUGUUUAAAAAGGAAGCAUCCAAAGACAGGGCCUGCAUUCCAGAUUCUCGGGCAUCAUUCCAAAUAUCCUUGGUAGCAUGUUUACAACAGCACCCUAGGCAUUCCUACUCAGAAGUACUCAGUGGAGCUUGCUGCUAGGUAAAUGCCUGGGACUGCAGCCUUGAAUUUUUUGCCACUAACACAGGCCUGCACAUUAAUGCUCAGGGGUGAUGAGAAUUGUCGCCCAGCUACAUUUGGAGACCCACAGGUUUCCUAGCCAGUCUAUGCAGACCAAAUCCCACCAUAGUAUUUUUUUUUAAAAAAAGGAGCAAUGCUUCCAUUUGUUCUCACUACAUUUCGUUUGGUUAUCUUAACUUUACGUACUUUUAUCAAAACAAAACAAAACCAGUCCCCUCUUGGGCUUCAAUCGGACUCCUUUCCAGCAUCCAUCAGUUUCAUUGAUCCAGUGUUUGCUGAUGCUCUUCCAUCUUUGAUGUGGUCCUUGACAUUUCUCAGAACCUCAAGAACAAGCUGGCAACCAUAACGCUUAGCAAAGGGCUCCCUAUAAAUUCAAGUGAAAGCUGUAUCCUUCGUCCAGGCAGGAAUGCUUCUGAGUGCAGACAGUCAGACUGCCAUUGUAAAAAAGCUUUCCAUCUACAGAGGGAGGGAUUGCGAUGUGUAUCGUCAUUAAAAUUCACACAGACGGCUCAAAGAGGAAUGGGUUUUUUCAACAGCAGUGUGAGUGAGCUCUGUUGCCUUUCAUUGUUCCUCAAUUGCCACAAACAUAGGAGCCAACUCCUAGGGGCCGAGGUCCCUUCGCCUUCCAAUAAAAUAAACUGCAACGUUAUGGGCAUUGAAACAAAAUUAAAAAAUUCUUUCCAGUAGCACCUUAGAGACCAACUAAGUUUGUCAUUGGUAUGAGCUUUCGUGUGCACGCACACUUCUUCAGAAUGGGCACCACCAUUCAAAUGGUGUGUGCAUGCCAUGUCUUGUGAUUGAUUUUGAAUAUUUUGAUUUUGAAUAUUUUUUUGAUUUUGAAUAUUUUAUUGAUUGAUUGAUUUUGAAUAUUUUAUUCAAGUUGGCUCCCCUGGCCACAAACACAGACUUUGGAUCACAAGAAGUUUCCACCUAUUCCAGGCAGGGUGUAUAUUCUAUGGUCCAUGGGGUCACGAAGAGUCGGACACGACUAAACGACUAAACAACAACAACAACCCCGCACCCCACUUCUCAGUUUAUUCACUGUAGGGUUUUCUGGGUGCUCUUUAAAAAGAAAAAGAAAAGCUUUCUCUCACUGUUUAUUUAAACUUUGAAAUUUGCUCUGCUAAGGGAGAGCUGAUGGUUUCAUGGCUGACACAAGACCAGCUCAUCUGGCAUCAUGGUAUUGGUUGAUUGACAGGUGGGCAGCAGUAAAACUGCUAGUACAUUUGUAAAGCUAAGCAGGGUCUGGUAUGGUUUCAGAUUGGGUGGGGAACUGCAUGUUGAUAUUUUUGCAUUGCAGGGGGUUGGUCAACUCUCAGGGUCCCUUCUAAUCCUUCAAUUCUAUGAUCUAGAGUUAGGGGUGAGCAGUGAGGUAGCCAAGUUUGCUGAUACUAAAUUGUUCAGGGUAGUUAAAACAAAACAAAAAAGGAUGGUGAUCCCUCCAAACUGAGUGAAUGGGUAGUUAAAGGGUAGGAUAGCUCAGUCAGUAUAAGCAUGAGACUCUUAAUCUCAGGGUCAUGGGUUCGAGCCCCAUGUUGGGCAAAAAGAUUCCUGCAUCACAGGGGGUUGGACGAGAUGAGCCUCAUGGCCCCUUCCAGUUCUACAAUUCUGUGGCUUUCUAAAAUGGCAAGUGCAAUUCAAUGUAAAGCUGGGCACAGCAAAGCAUAUCAAGGCAAAAUAACAAUAAUCUUAAAUUCACAUGUACACUCGUGAGGUCUGAACUGGCAAUGAUUUACCAGGAAUUUGACUUUGGUUGAGGUGGAUAGCUUGAUGAAGAUGUCAACCCAGUGUGCAGCAGUUGUGAAAAAGGAAGAUUCUGUGCUAGGAUCCAAAUGAUAAUUCGGGUAAUUUUCUGUAGGCAGCGUUGCAUGAGUCAUCUACUGAGAUGCACUUAAAUGAAUCUUUGUGACAGAAUCUGUAUUUUAACCUAUUCUAUGUUUGAGUCAUUUGUGUAAAAGAAAAAGAAAAAAAGCAGGACAAAUGGAGAUCUUUGUUGAAGGACAUAUCCAAGAAUAUCCAUUUGACUUUGGGUAGUAAAAUAACCAGUGUAAAGCUCUAGCUGCUGCAUGAACACUUGUGGUAACUGUAAACAUGUACAUCGAGAUGGAAGGCCCAGGAUAUGUUUUUGCUGGCUCAGUCAAAAUGGCAGAGUUAUUGUGUGUUGGCCGGAGGGUUGGGGUUGGAGGAACAAAUAGCUUAAAUUGCAAGCAACUGCUAGGAGGACACAUUAGGGCAUGAAUAAUUUAGUGUCCAUGAAAAAUUGAAUUCUACUGAAGGGGAGCUUUUGUGGCACAUUUAUGAUUUGGAAAGAUGAGACUAUGCAGCAGAAACGGAAGGAGCAAGAUGAGAAAUGUGGGUAAGCUUGAUGAUGCAUAGAAGGGCAGAAGAAUCAUGUCUCACUCCAACCAGCUCUACACUUUUGCUGCAAUGUUUACAGGUCUACUUUUUUUUUGGUAGGUCUAUAGGUCUUCUGAGGAAUGGCUCUUCCCAUGGUCCCCUGCUUCCCCUUGAUCCUGGCAUAGCCUCCUGGAAUAAUGCACAUGUCCUGCCUUGCUUUGACUCUGCUACCGAAAAUUCUAACUCCUUAGCAUCUCACAUUCCCCCAUGGAGACCAGGCCAUGCUGUGACAAGCUCCUCUCCCCACUGAUCUCCCAGGACCAGAAGUGGUAUGAAGAGGGAGGAGCAGAUGACAGGUGCUUCUGCAGAGUCUCAGAUUGCUUUAGAAAGGUGGGGACCUUCAGUCUCCACAACUGCUAAUAAUACUACUACUACUAAUAAUACUAAUACUAAUAAUACUACUAAUAAUAAUAAUUUAUUCAUUACUUAUACCUCGCCCAUCUGGCUGGGUCUCCCCAGCCACUCUGGGCAGCUCCCAACAAUAUAUUAAAACCACAAUAAAACGUCAAACAUAAAAAACUUCCCUAAACAGGGCUGCCUUCAGAUAUCUUCUAAAAGUCAAAUAGUUAUUUAUUUCCUUGACAUCUGAUGGGAGGGCGUUCCACAGGGCAGGUGUCACUACUGAGAUGGCCCUCUUCCUGGUUCCCUGU